AUGGUCGGCUGGAUGGUUUCAGUGAAGAGAUUCUUCAUCCUCAAGCCAAAAUGUGUGAACAGGAUUACACCGCCACCAAAAGAUAAGCGUGCGCGCAAAAAGGACGGGCUGCUUAACGGCCAGCAAGCAGCCAUCGAAGCUAUCGGAAUCCCAGAGGAGCAGUCAUCCGCUGCCGGUCGGGCUACGCAGCAGGCCACCGCUGACGAGCCAACAGCAGCGAGCACCCGAGUAUCGCUCACAAGGAUUUCGGGACACCCAAGCAAGCAGGCCCCACCCAAUCCACCCGAAGACCUCAAGGCCGAAACUGAGGUGCUAGGAGUGGCGGCAGAUGCCUCUAGCUCGACGCCUGCUGCUCCCAAUCCGCCUGAUGCGGGUGGCUGUGCCCCAGAGGAAGCUGCGCCACCGGCGUGUGCCGCUGCGGCGCACGCCUCGUCGGCCGCAGGACACCGGGCUCGCCAGCGACGUUCAAGCCGUCACGUCGCCAGCCGUUCCGCCUCCUACAGGGACAAUGAGCUUGCGAAAAAGGCUCAAGGCGAGCAGCAUCUUGAGUCCGAUCUCGCUCCGCUUCGCCUCCUUCGACUGGCCGCCAUGGCGAAGAGUCCCAAGGAAGUCCUUAGCGGGACCGUACAGUUCUUCACGAGAAGGCAUGCUAUUAUUAGCAUCGUGGUGGGCGCCACCCUCUUCUUGGCGGUGACUGGCUUCCUUCUCAUACGCGCGUCAACCACCCCGAGGAGCAAGGAAGACCUGUGCAUCACAGACGACUGUCUCUUGCACGCAAGACUCCUCAUGCAGGCCGUAGAACCCAGCAUUAACGCCUGCGACGAUUUCCGUGCCCAUGUCUGCUCCAAGUGGUCGCCGCAGAAACAGCACCAACGCUUCAAGGACUUCGAUGGUUCCGCGAUGGAAGACAUGGUCUACUCUUGGUUUUCGAGCAUGAGUCAAACUCUCCAGAAGGGCUCACAGGUGUUCCGUGUUGGCAAAAAGCCAUUGGCCAUGCUGGAGUCUUGCAUGAGCAACUCAUCAAUGUACGGGUCCGAAAUCCGGCUGUUACAGACAUUUAUGACGGAUUACCUGGAGCUUUCGUGGCCUAAACCACCUGGGGAUAAUGUCGACGCCCUUCGCAUGCUCAUCACGCUCGCAUACUUCUUCCAGGCACCAUUCUGGUUUACAGUGCGACCUAGCAUGGCACGCCGAAGAGCAGGGGAAGGCAGGUGGAGCAUCGUGCUCACACCGGCGCCUCUGAUCGAUCAGUACUUUCGUCAGUACCGCGUUGUGAAAGGAAGCGGGCCGUCCGCCUAUGUAAAGUACUGGAUGGAUUUCUAUGGCGCUUUCUCCAGCGACAGCGCCGUAGCCAGUGAGGAGCGUGCGAUCCAAGCAGAGCAGCUGGAAGGAAAAAUUCUGAAAGCGCUGAGCGACGCCGUCGCGGCGUUACCAAAACACGCCGCGGUACUUCCUAUCGGCCAACUGGAGACAUACACGCCGACUGUGAGUUCGUCCCGAUGGCUGAUGCACCUGCAGAGUACCGUCUACGACAUGCAGAGCACCGUCGAGGUCUCGCUUACUAAGCGAGACGUUGCACUCAUCACCGACAGAGCGUUCUUCGUUACUGUCGGGGAGAUAUUCAAGAACUACACGAACAAGCAGAUCUUGGAGUACCUGGGGUGGCAGUUUGUCCAGCAUUACGCACCAGUGGCUGACAGCAGAUUUCUGAUAUCAAUGUAUGGGGACAAUAACACAGCCACGAGCCUUCGAACUGCCUUUUGUAGCUAUCACGUGGAGGUGCCGUACAAGGCGCUCAUUCUGUCCCUGCACUUUCGUUCCCAGAUAACAGAGAGCGUUCGUCAAAUAAUCGACGCCGGCUAUGAGCGCCUCGUGUCGACGGCCGUUCGGCUCAUCAACGAGUCUUCGUGGCUCGACUCAGAAAGCAGCGCGGUUGCUGCCGAAAAGCUCACCUCUGCCACUUUGCGACUGUGGCCUCCCGCCGCAUUCAUGGAAAGCGAAAACUUGGCAAGGACAUUUAGCCCUUUUCCGCAUACUGAACGAGCGUUCGGCGUAUACUGGCUCGCGUCCAUCCUAAACAUGGUUAAUCUAAAUAGGACGCCAGAAUACGAGGAAGUGCUCGACAUGCCACUAAACUAUGCGCUGCCCUAUUUUGAUUACGACUACGUGGAGAACGCCGUGGGUGUCGCCAUCGGCGCAGUCAACAUUCCUUUGUUGUACAGCAGGGGCACCAAGGCCAUGUUCUACGGAGGAUUCGGGUUUUCUGCGGCAUUGCAACUUGCGAAGGCCCUCGAUAAGGAGGGCAUUCAGUGGCAUCCAGAGGGGCGCCCUGUCAAAUCAAUCCUGAGCGCCUCCUCGCAGGAAGCCUUCCAGGACAGGUACAGUUGCCUCACCAGAGCCACGGCAGGAAGCGAAACUUUGUUUCCCGAGAUACCAGCUCUGGAGAUUGCUUACGCGGCGUUCCUCGAUGACGUCGGUGAUCCGGAAAGUGCGACGCACAUCAGCAAGAAGCUGAACGAGUUGAAGGUGUUCUUCAUGACCAUCUGCCACAUGACUUGCACGCGAAGUGGCAUCAUCGAACCUUUCUCGGCGGACUGCAACAAGCUCGCGCGCCACUCGUCGGCUUUUGCCAAGGCCUUCCGUUGCCCAGUAGGAUCCAAAAUGAACCCGAGAAAUAAGUGCACGUUUUUUUACUGA